AUGGAAGAUAGUUUCAGCGUCCGAGUCGGCAAAGUCUUUGGCUCUCUCUCUUCUUCCUCUUCUUCUCCUUCUUCAACAGUAGAAACCCAAAAAUCCUCCUCCUCUUUAAGCUCUCCAUGGAGUCUCACUGGCGAAGAAAUCGAGCGAAACCAAUGGAAUCGAGACCACAAGGAUAGCCCCGAAACUCAAACCCAAACCCAACCCCAACCAUACUUUAAUCCAGAAAGACCCGACGAUAUGGAUUUCAAGUCGGAGAUCGAAAAAGACCUUGAUGAUUUAGAUGACGACGUCGAGGAGGAGGAAGAGGAGUCACGUGCCUUGAAACUCAAACCUGAGGAUUAUAACGAUGAAGAAUGGGACAUCAAGAAAUCUAUUGGCCUGGAUUGUACUCUUGAUUACGAGGAAGAGGAAGAUCAGUAUGACAAAGUGGCCGUUGGGAGGGAAAAGGCUAGAGAUGAUCGCCUGUAUGUGACUGAAAUGAACGAUUAUGGUAUAGAUGUAGAUUCUGGCAAUGUGAUGCCCAGUUCAUUUGGGGAUGUUACUAAGGAUCCGCGUGCUAAUCACCUUGCUGCAAAAAUUAGGCUAAAGGAAGAUGCAGAAGCAGCUGAAAAGAUGGAUUCUUUGCAGGUUACUGUAAAGGAAAAUAUUAGCGUAUCUGGUGACGGUAAUCUGAAAUCUAUUCUGAAGAGGAAGAAGGAUGUUCAAUUGGAUCCCAAGUCGAUUAGUAACCAUUUGGAUUCGAAGUUACAAAAGCGUGUUCGGUUUGACCCGGAAUGCAAAGAUGGUAAUGAUGAAGAGUCUGAUGGAGUUGAAGACACACAGAUGGAAACCAAUGAUUCAACAGAUGAAACAUUGGCAUAUCAUUUGCCUCCAGAUUAUCCUUCUGGAAUUCCAGAUUACAUGCGAAAUCCUUCCAAAUAUACGCACUAUACUUUUGACACAUCGACUGAUGUGGAUGAAGAAUCAAACCGAGGAGCAUACAUGGACUUCCUCAAGAUGCUGCAGAGACCAAAAACAACAGAAUCACAUCCAGAUGAUGUUCCAGUUGAUCUGUCAAAGCCGCUCACCUUCAUACCAAAAAGGAAAACCGGUGUUGCUACAGUGACUGAUAACUGCAUUGAUUCUAAACAAAACCAGGAUGAUGCCAGUGAAGGUUUCAAGCUUAGGAGAGGGGUAGCUCUUGGGAUUGCAGCUGGUGAUGAUAAUGAUGCUGAAACUUGUGCCAUGGAGGAAGAUAGACCAGCUGAUAAGACUAAUUCACGCAGACCAGGACGCCAUUAUAGGACAAAGGCCAAGUCAGAGACAUGA